GUGGGGGGGUGUGUGGUGCUCUCUCCACUUAUGUCUCCCCUGAUCUAACUCCUCUCUUGCCAUUUCUACCUCUCUCUCUCUCUAGAAAUCUCCCAUUUUUAGCCCUCCCCACCACCACUUUCUCUCUCCUCUCUUCCUUUUCCGCUUUCCCUAACCUGCUAAGCUCAAUUCUCUCUCUCUCUCUCUCUCUCUCUGUGGGGGUUGGUGGGUCUUUGUGUGUUUGGAUCGCCCCAAUGUUCUGUACUUUCUGUGCUUACUGAUCCUCUCUCCUUUAAGGUACGAACUUAGGGUUUCCCCUCCUUCCCAUUCACUACCCAUUUCUUCCGAUAACUCUCUUCGACAUUGCCCUUCUCCAUUGUUGCUGCUCUGUUCAUGGGGUAGCCCACUUUUAGGUGUUUCCCGGCUUCUCAGCUCAAUCUAAUAAGCAAAUCUGUUGCCGAUUCUGCUGCCAUAGAAGAGGAGAAGUCUACCUUCUGAGACCCAUCAGAUUUUUGUUGUGUUGCUGGUGGCAUUUUUCUGAUUGAAGUUUGAAGACAUGAGUCGAACGAAGACAGUUGAGAGUGAUGAGGGGUCGCUCUCCAAUGACCAGAUUGGUUCACCUUUGGUUGACAAAGGUAAGAGCGGAGGAACUUCUGAUGGAGGAGUAGUCCUGAAGAAAGGACCUUGGACCUCUGCUGAAGAUGCCAUUUUGGUGGACUAUGUCAAGAAACACGGGGAGGGGAACUGGAAUGCGGUCCAGAAGCACUCUGGGUUGUCACGCUGUGGCAAGAGCUGCCGGCUGCGCUGGGCAAACCACUUGAGGCCAAAUCUGAAGAAAGGAACAUUUUCAGCCGAGGAAGAGAGGCUGAUUGUUGAACUUCACGCCAAAAUGGGAAACAAGUGGGCACGUAUGGCUGCACAAUUGCCUGGUCGCACUGAUAAUGAGAUCAAGAACUAUUGGAAUACACGAAUCAAGAGACGCCAACGAGCUGGGUUACCCCUUUAUCCCGCAGAGCUAUGCAUGCGAGCAUCGCAGGAGGGCCAACAGGGUUCACGCUUUCAUGGAAUUAACAACGGAAAUCAAGGAUUCUUGCAGAGUGGCAGCCGCCAAAGUCCUGAUGUUAUGUUCGACAGUUUGAAGGCCAAUCAGGGAGUCUUAUCUUACGUUUCUGAACUUGCCGAUGUUUCUGGAAGCAGCUUGCUGAUGAAAAGUCUCGGGCCAACCCAAUUUGGUAGUCUAAUGCCGAGCACACUCCAUCGGCCGAAGCGUCUUAGAGAACCGGUGUCUCUUUAUGCUGGCUUCAGUGGCAAUUCAAAAGAUGUUUUCUCUUCUUUGCAUCCGUACGAGGAUGAUAACCGUGAGAAGCUUGGGCGAUCAUUUGGAUAUUCAUUUCCGAUUGAUCUCGAUCCUACUGAGAAGGACCCUCUGCCCUCUUUCGAUGUUGUUCAAGGCGGCCAUUCCUUUUCAAAUGGCAAUUCCUCUACUUCAAAGCCGACUCCAGAGGCUUUGAAGAUGGAGCUCCCUUCACUCCAAUAUUCUGAGACCGAUUUCGGUAGUAGCUGGGACACAUCUCCCUCUCCUCCGACUUUACUCGAAUCGGUAGACAGAUUUAUUCAGUCUCCUCCUAGAAGUGGGAAGAUUGAGGCUGAAUGUCACUCUCCGCGAAACAACGGGCUGCUGGAAACUCUAGUUUACGAGGCAAAGACAUUGAGCAGUGCCAAGAACCAGUCAUCUGACAAGAGCUCGAAUUCCUCUGCUCCGACUCCUGGGGAUAUCUGCAGUUCCUCCUUGGACGUUUGCAAGACCGAAUGGGAUGAGUAUGGUGAUCCCAUUUCUCCUUUGGGCCACUCUGCAACUUCCUUAUUCAAUGAGCACACUCCUAUGAGCGCCAGCGGAAGUUCACUGGACGAUCAACCACAUGCUGAUACCUUUCCAGUGUCGAACGUGAAAAAGGAGUCGUUCAACCACUUACAGGGCCCGGAGAGAGAGCAAGAAAUCCCGAUUCAGUGGGACUACAGCCGGCCUGAUGCUUUGCUUGCUUCUUCAGAUUGGUUUGGGUUGCAGUCUGGACCUUUCAAGGAACAAGCUCCCAUAUCCGACUCCAUAGCAACCCUCCUCGGGGACGAUCUCACAAGCGACUACAAGCAGACUGCUGAGGCUUAUGGAUCAUCAGACCAAGGAUGGGGGUUCGGAUCCUACGCAUGGAACAACAUGCCCGCUGUCUGUCAGAUGUCAGAAUUCCCUUGAGAAUGCCCUUUUUGUCAAACUAUUCGAAAGCGCCGUCUCUUGUUUUGGAUUCAUAAUUUGUUCGAGUGGGUUAUCCACUGGACCUGAACGAGACCUGGAUGAGACCGAAAAGGGUUUUGCUUGUGCAUUUCCAGUAUAAUCAUGUCUCUUUUAUGAACAUUGAUCUAGUCAGAGUCGCAGAGUCCAUCAGAAAUCAUCAAAUUACUUCUUGGUUC